AUGGUGUCUUCAUUCCUUCAACUGCUCGUUAGCAUUUUCGCGGCAGCAGGUGUCUCUGCUAUACACAUCACCGCACCGCUCAAUCAAACAUACGACUACAUCAUCGUGGGAGGAGGCACGUCCGGCCUCACAGUCGCAAACAGACUAACAGAAAACGGAAAGCGUAAGUCGUUACCCCCUAUCUCAGCCCCAUACCCUCUCAUCCUAACAUCCCACACAGACACCGUCCUCGUAAUCGAAUACGGCAACCUCGUCAACGACCCCAGCAUCCUCGUCCCAGCCAACACCCUAAGCUUCGCCCCAACCCCCGAACGCUACUUCAACUUCACCCCCGUCCCCAAUCCCGGCCUCAACAACGACACCACGAGCCCUCUCGCAGCCGCAAUAGUAGGUGGCAGCAGUGCCGUAAACGGCAUGUUCUUUGACCGCGGCAGCGAAGCCGACUACGAUGCGUGGGAAGCCCUCGGAAACAAAGGCUGGGGCUUCAAAGACCUGCUUCCGUAUUUCAAGAGAUCUGUUACCUUUACACCGCCGACUGAAGACGUAGCGGAGAAGUAUAACUAUACGUGGGAUGUGGAUGCGGCGUAUGGCGGACACGGCGAAAUACAGGUUUCAUUCCCGCCGUACCAGUUCCCCGGUCAAAACCGCUUGUGGAAUGCGUGGAAGGAGAUUGGUUUGGAGAAGCCGAAGGAAGCGGCGGCGGGAGAUGCGAUUGGUAGUAUUAUGGCGCCGAGUGCGUUGGAUCCUGUGUUGAGGACGAGGAGUUAUGCUAGGACGGCGCAUUAUGAACCGCUACUGAGAUUUUUUUUCAAGGAGGGUGGGGAGUUGGAAGCUGAGGGUGUGAGUAUGGUAAAGGUGGGAGGCGCGGGCAAGAGUGUUGUGAAGGCGAGGAAGGAGGUCAUAGUUGCGGCAGGUGCGAUCUGGACGCCGUGGUUGUUGCAGCGCAGCGGUGUUGGUCCAAAAAGUGUUCUUGAGAAGGCUGGUAUCGCUGUCAAGAAGCAUUUUCCUGGUGUAGGUGCGAACUUCCAAGACCAUCCCUUUGGAGGCAGUGUUUGGAACUGGACGACCAACCCAUAUUUCCCCACCGCUGGAGCCCUAGCCACGAACCAGACCUUCUACGCCGAAGCGGAGAAAGAGUAUACUCAGUCUCGCGAAGGCCCUCUCACGACAUCGCGAGGCAACCAAGCUGCUUUCCUACCUCUCAAGACUGUCGACCCAGAAGGUUGGCAGGCCCUCGUCGAUGCUGUCGCGGCUCAAGAUCCAACUCCCUACCUCCCAGCUCAAUAUGACGAGACGCUCAUUGCAGGCGCCAAAGCCAUACACAACAUCACAGCCGAAUACCUCGCACGCGAUGACGCUGCAGCCUUUGAAUUCACCUUUGCAGAAGGGCCCAUAGGAAACGCUGCGAUAAUGCGCCCUUUGAGUCGCGGCACCGUGAACAUCAACCCAGCUGAUCCUGCAUCAGGCCCACUGGUCGACUGGCGCACCUUCUCCAACCCCCUGGACAUCAAAUUCGCCGUGCAAAUGGCGCGCUUCUCACGCCGCUUCAACACGCUAUCUUCUUUCGCUGCUCUCGGCGCCGUUGAACUUUCGCCUGGAUCUAAUGUUGCGAGCGAUGAUGCGAUCGAAGGGUAUCUGCGCAGCACGAUGGAUCCGACGUUCGUUCAUAUGGCGGGUACGGCGUCGAUGCUUCCGGAAGAGCUUGGUGGUGUUGUAGGAACGGAUUUGAAGGUUUAUGGCGUUGGGAAGCUGAGUGUCGUGGAUGCGAGUAUUGUUCCGUAUUUGCCGGCCACGCAUCUUUGUACGACGGUUUAUGCUAUUGCGGAGAAGGCGGCGGAUGCUAUUAAGGCGAGGACGGGGUGGGAUGACUAG